CGAAGGGGGAGCCUUCCCCCUCUCUCCGCGCCUGCUCCUAUAUAAAGGAUAAACACCCCCCCAACCUCCGUCCGUGGUCUCCUCUCCCCCUCUUUUCUCUAGCUCUUGCCGUCAAACCCCAAUCAAGAGCCAUGGAGGACACUUUCGGUACCCCCAUCGUGGAUGAGUCCUCCUCGUCCGCCGCCGCCGCUUCGGCGGAGGAUCCCGACCACGGCUGGCAGAAGGUCACCUACGCCAAGCGCCAGCGGCGCCCGCAGAACGCCGCCGAUCCCGACCGCAACCGCUCCAACGGCCUCCACCUCGCCGGAGAUCGCCCCCACGUUUUCGCCUCCGUCGAACAGAAGGCGCAGGAGCGCCGCCGCGCCCUCGAGGCUGCCGCUGCCGCCGCCGCCGCGGCUUCCGAGGCCGGCGCUGGGGCUCCCAGAUCGAAGACCGCAGCCGCCGCGUCCGACGAUGAUGACGAUGAUAGCGGUGCGGAGGCCCCCCGCGGGGGACAGGAAAACGGGGAGGUGGCCAAGAAGGUGAAGCAGAAGAAGCCUAAGAAGCCGAAGGUCACGGUCCAGGAGGCCGCCGCCAAGAUCGAUGCUGCGGAUCUUGGCGCAUUUCUGGUCGAAGUAUCGGCUUCCUAUGAAUCGCAACAGGAUAUUCAACUCAUGCGGUUCGCCGAUUACUUUGCGCGAUCCUUUGCCCCGGUCAGCGGAUCGCAAUUCCCAUGGACCAAGAUGUUCAAGGAGUCCCCUGUUUCCAAGAUCGUUGAUAUUCCUCUUUGCCACAUAUCUGAAUCUGUUUAUAAGACAUCAGUUGAUUGGAUUGCUCAGAAAUCCACUGAUGCACUUGGUGAUUUUGUUUUUUGGUGUCUGGAUGCCAUCCUUGCUGAUCUGGCAAGUCAACAAGCGGCUGCUAAAGGCUCAAAAAAAUCUGUUCAACAGUCUCCAGCAAAGGCUCAGGUUGCAAUAUUUGUUGUUCUGGCGAUGACGUUAAGGCGGAAGCCUGACAUAUUUAUAAACUUUUUGCCAAGACUAAGAGAGAACCCCAAAUAUCAAGGACAAGAUAAACUUCCAGUUAUAGUUUGGGCGAUUGCUCAGGCUUCUCAGGGAGAUCUUGUCAUAGGGAUGUAUUUAUGGGCACAUUACCUGUUGCCUCUGAUUUGUGGAAAAUCAAGUGGGAACCCACUAUCUAGGGACUUGCUUUUGCAGUUGGUCGAAAGAUUUUUGUCAGUGCCAAAAGCUCGACCUAUCUUAUUGAAUGGUGCUGUCAGAAAGGGGGAACGUCUAAUGCCACCUGUUGCACUUGAUCUGCUGAUGCGAGCUACAUUUCCUAAUCCCAGUGCUCGAGUCAAGGCUACGGAGAGGUUUGAGGCGGUAUAUCCUACUCUUAAGGAGCUGGCUCUUGCAGGUUCUCCGGGGACUAAAGCUACAAAACAAGCAGCGCAACAGCUUUUGCCUGCUGCUGUCAAAGCUAUGCAAGAAAACAAUCCAGAACUAACCAGAGAAGCUACUGAUACUUUUAUCUGGUGUUUGACUCAAAAUGCUGACUGUUACAAGCAGUGGGAAAAACUUCACUUGGACAAUGUGGAUGCUAGUGUUGCUGUUCUACGAAAAUUGUCUAGUGAGUGGAAGGAUUACUCAACAAAACUCUCUCCUCCUGUUGCUCUGCGGGAGAUGCUGAAGCACCUAAGGGCUAAGAAUGAGGAAGCUCUAGCUGGGGUUGUGGAUUCCAGCAAGCAAGCAUCCAUUAAAGAUGCAGACAAGUACUGCAAGGUGAUCUUGGGAAGGUUAACACGGGGCUUUAGCUGCUUAAAAGUUGUUUGUGUGUUCUUGCUUGCAGGUGCCGUUGGUUUUGCUGUAUCUCCAAACAUGGACUCCUGGGACUGGAAUAAGAUCCGGGAGACGUUUGGUUCCCUUCAGUCUUUCUGAACAUAACAUAAUGCCUAGUUAACCUAAUCUGUCCACCAGUCAAAAGAGUAACAGAGCAGGAAAUCAGUUCCAAAAUCAACGGCAAUCAUUUGCUUUUCCUUUUCAUCCUUGGAAAAGUGUUCUGAGGAAGUACUGUUAGUAAUGUUAAAGUUGUUGAGCGAGGGGAGGUUUAGGUAGUUUUCUUUUAGGACUUUUUUAUCUCCUUUUGCAGCAAAGGAUGAAGAGUUGUUUUGUUUUGAUUUUAAUUGCUGCUGCUGUCCUCAGGAAUUCUUUUGAUUAAUUGGUAGUUCUGUGCCUCUUGUUACCUGAUAUGGUGGCCCAAUAUUCAUUUCUUGGACGUAGCAGCUUUUUCCAUGUCA